CGAGGAAAGGAGAGAAAUUUGGAGGGAAAAGAGAUUAUUGUUUAUAAUUGAUUGAUUAAAGAAAUGCCAGUGGCGAAACCCGAAUCCUCUGAUGCUAGAGUCAUCGCUCACGUCGACAUGGAUUGCUUUUAUGUUCAAGUGGAGCAGCGGAAACAGCCUAAUCUAAGGGGCUUACCGACGGCCGUAGUGCAGUACAACGAAUGGAAAGGCGGCGGAUUGAUUGCUGUUAGCUAUGAGGCCCGUAAUUACGGCGUUAAGCGUUCAAUGCGAGGAGAGGAAGCAAAACAAGUUUGCCCCCAAAUUCAACUGGUUCAGGUCCCCGUCGCGCGCGGUAAAGCCGACCUCAAUACAUACCGGAAUGCGGGCUCAGAGGUGGUUUCUAUUCUCGCAAGGAAGGUUCGCUGCGAGAGAGCUUCCAUUGAUGAAGUCUACCUUGAUCUUACCGAUGCAGCCGAAAAAAUGUUGGCUGAAGCUCCUCCGGAGAAUUUACAGCUAGUUGACGAGGAAACUCUCAAGUCCCAUGUUUUGGGGCUUAAUGAUGAGAAAGGAAUUGAUGCCAAGGAAAAUGUAAGAGAGUGGCUUUGUAAGAAGGAUGCUGAUCGUCGCGAUAAGCUUUUAGCUUGUGGAAGCCUCAUCGUUGCGGAACUUAGGAUGCAAGUUUUGAAGGAGACAGAGUUUACAUGUUCUGCAGGCAUUGCUCACAAUAAGAUCUUGGCCAAGCUAGCAAGUGCUAUGAACAAACCCGCUCAACAAACUGUCGUGCCCUUCUCAUCUGUGAAAGGAUUGCUCGAUUCCUUGCCAAUAAAGAAGAUGAAACAACUUGGAGGUAAGCUGGGGAGCUCCUUACAAAGUGACCUGGGCGUGAGCACUGUUGGAGAUUUACUACAGUUUUCAGAGGAAAAGCUGCAAGAACGUUAUGGCUCCAACACUGGUACUUGGUUAUGGAACAUUGCAAGAGGAAUCAGCGGAGAAGAAGUUCAGGGACGCCUUCUUCCCAAGAGUCAUGGCUCAGGGAAGACAUUUCCUGGACCUCGAGCUUUAAAGACAAUUGCUUCAGUUCAGCAUUGGCUAAAUGAACUGUGUGAGGAACUGAGUGAACGUAUUCGCUCUGACUUGGACCAAAACAAACGGAUUGCACGCACAUUGACACUGCAUGCUAGUGCAUACAAGUCCGGUGACACAGAUUCACAAAAGAACUUCCCUUCAAAGUCUUGUCACCUAAGGUAUGGAACUGCCAAGAUGCAAGAAGAUGCUUUUAACCUAUUUCAAGCUGGAUUACGGGAAUUUAAACCACAGGGAAGUCAAAACAGUGGAUGGAGAAUAACUGGCCUGUCUGUUUCCGCAAGUAAAAUUGUCGAAAUACCAUCUGGAACGUCUUCAAUCAUGAAAUACUUUCAUGGCCAAAAUCCGUCAGCCUCAUUGUCAAAGCAAUCGCAAGAUGAUGAUAUACAGGAACCUUCAGUUAGUGAAAGCUGUUCAGAAAUGAAUUUAACCGAGCAAGAAAUGAAGUUCCCUGGUGAAGAUUCAAAUACCAAAUGCGUGAUGCCUUGCUUAGAUCAACAAGAGCACAAACAGGAUUUGCAGAAAGACCAGGUUAUGAUUUCCUUGCAUAAUCUAGUAAUUUUCAACCUGCAUGUGUUUCAGAUCUCAUUUUGCUCUGCCCUGCAGAAUCCAAGUUGCUUGUUGCCAAGUAAGGGACAGGAUGACUUUCAAGAAGCUUCCUUGCGGAACUCAGGAACUGAAUGCUGUUCGGGGAUAAGAAAUCAAAGCCAGCAACAAAGAGUUUUCCCUCCACAACAAUUUGCAGUGUCCAGUUCAAAUAGAACAGAUGCUAAAAGAAAGACAUCAAAAGACAAGGGAACACAUUCAAUCUUGAGAUUCUUCAAAAAGACCGACCCACCUUCCUCUCUCUCUUUAAUCAAGGAAGAACAUGGCGACAAUCUACAAGAUGUUGAAGCAUUAUCACCCACUGCGAGUGCGCGUGAGAAUGCGAGGCAUGUUGAAGAAGGAAGAGAAUCAAUAGCAGCAUGUAGUUACAAGGUUGAUGAGAUUGACCCCUCCGUCAUCGAAGAGUUGCCUCCAGAAAUUCAGGAAGAAUUUCGGGCCUGGCUCCGGCCUCGCAAGCGACCAGACAUAGUUAGACGAGGUUCCAGCAUUGCUAAUUAUUUCGCCCCAACAAAGAGAACUUAGAUUCAAUCAACACUGUCCUCCUGUACACGAAAAAGAUUCUGUUGGUGUUGGAAAUACCUAAUUCUAUGACCAAGGAAAAAAUUUAAAAAAAAAAAAAAUUUUAAGCUUGAAAAUCCAAAGUACCGCAUUACUUUGGGGUGCAUUGUACGUAUUCUUACCAAUUUUAAUCUGUUUACUAGGCCUCCUAGUUAUCUUUAAUCCCACUUUCGUCAAUCUACUCAAACUUUGCUUCUAUAGUCUUGGAUUCUUUGUAAGAAACAACAAAAUCAUCUCGUAAAUGCCAAUAACCAGUUAUACAUUCACAUCAUGAAUGCAUUGAGUGAACUUUAUUGUAAAAGAAAAUAAAAUUACAAUAUAUUCAAUGAUUAGGACACCAAUA